AAAUCCGGAAGUUAGUAUUACUGUCGCGACAUUUGACCCGGAAACACAAGGUGUGUGUUCCAGGGAGUAGCUAUACUUUUCAAAACACAUUAUCUAUCCCAACACUACCUGUUGUGUGAGCCAUUCAAGAAAUAUUGAUAGGUACAAAAAUAUAAAAAACACCACCAUAAAAACAAAAUGGCUGGGGAGCUGGAUCUCUCACCUCCUGAAGUACCAGAGCUUACUUUCUUGGAAAAUGUUUUGCGUUAUGGACUUUUUCUAGGUGCCAUCUUCCAGAUUAUCUGCAUCAUAGCUGUGAUUGUCCCUUCUUCCAGACUGUCAGAGUCCGAUGCUGAGCACAGUGAACAGCGUGGUGUGGAUCAGCUACGAAAGCCAAAGGGCACCAUCCCUCAGAUAAAACAGAAACCAAAGAAAGAAAGUAAGAAGAAGAAAUAAGACACAUUUGACUGAACUUCUACACAGCUGGGAGCAGAACCUUCAGAAGGAUAUGUUAAAGCAUUUCCCACAUGAGGUGUGAUCCAGACAUGUUUCUUACAAGCCAGUUCAUUCUUAUGCGUAUGUGUAUAUGUGUGUGUGUGUAUAUAUAUAUAUAUAUAUAUAUAUAAAACGCAUAUGUAUAAAAUUACUUAAUGAACGACAGUUGUGGAAUUGCCACUUUUUUAUUUAUUCAUCAGUUUUAAACAUAUUACUCAAUUAACAUGUCAGAAUGGGCACCAGGAAAUUUAGUGUGGGGAUUUUGUGGAUUGGGGUGCCUGGGUGGCCAGAGUGAUUGGUUGGUCCAGUGUGCCAUUUUUACACAGAACAAAGAAUGACAAAGUCCAGAUAUUUAUAAGAAAAUAUUUUUUACAUCACAAAAGAGGUAUGAUCAAAGGAGGCAGAACAGAAAAGUAUUAAAUAAAUAAUACCCCCCCCCCCAAUAUUAUUAUUAGCCUGAUUAGAGAAACAACUAGAUGGUAAUUAUCACGAAUGGGGGGAAUCACUCAUUUGUCCAUUAUCCAAAACACAGGGAUGUAAUUUCCAAGGACAUUUACUGUAGCUCACCUUCCAUAUGCUCUUCCUCAUUUCUUCAUACACUUCCAUCAUUGCUCUGCAGUCAGUCCUUUUCACAGCUUAACCCCUCGUCAGUGGGAGGGAGUGGCCUUUAAACCCAAUAUUAGCUUACCUGGAGCAUUGCCUUGAAUUGGCUGCAAAGUCCGGAACACCCACUGAGUCCUACAGCUGCCUCCUCUGAGUCUCAUCAGAUAAUUCCAGGUAUCUUUGCAUCUCUGAACUGUAGUUCCUAAAUCAACAGCUAGGUACCCCAGGCCUCUCCUGUGAUUUUUGUCCCCAUGUAAAGUAAUAAGGCCCACCUUUGUCUAUGUGGUAACCUUUGGUUGUCCCUUUAACACUCUGGGGAAGAUUGAUCGGUUGGUAUCUCGGCAGUCCACAGUGCCCUCAGAGUAGUUACUUUUUGGGCAUCACUUAAGUAAACUGAACUGCCCCGCAAGCUGUGUCACUUCCAGUUGCCUUUCAGUUACUAAUGUGAGCUCCUCAUGAAAUAUUUUAGCUGCUUCUAAAUUUAUGAGAUUUUAGAAAAGAUGUCCAUUUAAUUUUGAAAAAUCCUAUAAAUGCAAGAAUGUCAGCUUUAUUGUAAAAACAUUUCACCUUCACAAUGAUCUCCCAGAUCCUGAGAAACAGAUAUAAGUGUGUACACACUGUGAUAGGUUCAUGAUCUCAGUAUCUUGUACACUAAUGUGUUUAUUUAAAUGUAGUCUGUGUGUUAUAUUCCACACAUUUGUGUCAAAACUCCUUUUAUGUAAUAUUUUCCUUUCUUUUUAAAACAAAAUAUUCUUACUGAAUGACCAAUUAAAUAAUUGUGCACAGUAAGUGAGCAUUAAAGUAAAUGUUUUCUAAUAACAUUUGUUGUUUAUCGUUAGGCUAAUUUCAGUAGCUUAAACUUGCAAGGUGAUUAUUAUUAUUAUUAUUUUUUUUUUUUAGUUAGUACUAAAGGUUUCUAUCAUUGUUUUGUUUAUACACAGUUAGCCUCCUGUUAAAUUUCCCUCUACCCCAAAAAACAAAUGAAGCCAAAUUUUAGGGUCUAUGGUUUAUAACAUACCUGAGAGAUAAAAGUGAACCUGGACAGUGGCACAAAGAGGGGAAACAAAUUGCUAAGGACGCUCUGAUCACCAAUUUCACGUUGCAAGAAUGGGCCUAUUAUGAUGCUGAUUCUAAUUGGAUUUUUUUUACACUUCUGCACUCAGCUCCUGCAUAACCAUCCAUUAAGAAGCUUUAUGAUCUGUAUUAAAGAGGUUUUUUUAAUGGAGUUGCAGACAAUAAGGGUUAUCUGUAUUUUUAUUUUGUUAAUUAAAAAUAUUAUGGAUAACUAUUGUUUAGUGACCAUAAAAAUACUAAAAUAAAACCCCUUUUAAAGUAAA